GCUGGCUUAGUGCGAGAUGUACCGCAUAUCGUUUCACUUGGUCAGCAUUGUGCUGGGCCUCGGGUUGGCCGCCAACCUCCCUAUUAUUCACCAACCCUCAAAUUCCACCUUAGCUAACAAAUUAGAAAGAAGAGCUCGAGUAAUGAGCCGGGCUGGAGUGAUUCUCUGCCGCGACUUCCCAGGCCUCAGCAGAGAACAGUCGUCGACCUGUCUGCGGCACCCUCUAGAAACGGCCGUCGCCCUUCAGGGCCUCAAGUUAGCCGUCGCCGAGUGCCAGUACCAAUUCCGUUGGAACAGGUGGAACUGUUCGUCUCUGCGCGGCCUCAAGAACAGGAAUCCUCACAGCGCAACACUGCUUAAAAAAGGCUACAGAGAAUCAGCUUUUGCGUUUGCGAUUUCAUCCGCCGGCGUGAUGCACACAAUAAUUCGGGCGUGCGGCCUCGGCAUUUUGCCAAAUUGUGGGUGCGAAAAGAAGGAAAUUAUCGACGUUCGCACCCUUCCUGAAGAACAGUAUAGGUCAGAUCCAGAACAUGGGGUGAACUUGGAGGACAACGAAACGCCGCGUCAAAAACUGCGCCGCCAGACGAGAAGUAGUUGGAAAUGGGGCGGUUGCGCGCACAACUUGCGUUUCGGAAUGCAGUUUUCGAAGCUUUUUCUGGACUCCAGAGAAAAUAGGGGCGCUGACCUCCAGUCCAAAGUUAAUUUGCACAACAACAACGCUGGCAGAGUGGCUGUGAUGGCGAACGCAAAACGCCACUGCAAAUGCCACGGCCUUUCCGGCAGCUGCGAAGUUCAAACAUGUUGGCGAUCAGUGCCAGAAUUUCGCAAGGUGGGCGACACCCUGAAGUCUCAGUUUUGGACAGCAAUCCUCGUUGGCCAGGGUAAUCUUGGCCAAAGGGGAGAGAGCGACGAGUUGGAGGAGGUUGAAGAGACUGACAAUAGUGUGCAAGAAAUCGUACCUGAAUCGCUUCAACUGAAUACAGACAUCGAAACAAACGGCAGGAGGGAUAGAAAAACGAGAAAGAGAAGGGGUUACUUUUGGAGGAGCAGUCGGAAGGAGCCGGACGUCGCAGAUUUGCUGUAUUUUCAGAAGUCGCCAAAUUUUUGCGAGAGUUCUCCUGACUUUCCAGGAACAACCAGCAGAAGGUGCCACAAAAAUAGCGCAGGCAACGACGGGUGUGCUUCCAUGUGCUGCGGUCGCGGCUAUAAUUUGAUUAGAUUGAGAAUAACUGAAAAGUGCUUGUGCCGGUUCGAGUGGUGCUGCCAAGUGAUGUGUAAAAAUUGCACUGUCGAAGAGUGGGUGACCGUUUGCAAGUGAGUCUCCUUGCACACCUCCCUCAUUUUGUAUUUUGCUCAUUUAUAGAAUAUUAUCAUAUUAAUGCAAGCUCAGUUCCUUUUUGUCUUUUGAAUUA